AUGCCUUCCCAACAUGUUGGAGAUAUCCAGACAGACAUUAAUGGAAUCAAAAAGGACCAAACGUAUUUAUUUGUUGAUAGGAGUUUCCAAGAUUCUAUCAUCGAGUACUUUCAGUUCUUACGCAGGGAGGCGAUUCUCUGCGAUGUAACGCUGCGAAUUGACAGCCUCAAGUUUUCGUGCCAUCGUAACAUUCUCGGCGUAGCGAGUCCGUAUUUUCGAUCGUUGUUCAUAGACAGCGAAAGCGGUCGAUUCAUCAAGCACGUGGAUCUGCCUCAAGAAAUUGAGCGUUCCGUCAUGGAGGCAAUAUUGGGUUAUAUGUAUGGAGGACGAAUUUUUAUCAACAUCGGCAACGCUAUUGACAUUUUCAAGGCUGCAGUCUUCUUCAAGCUACAAAGUUUGAUCGAGGAAUGUUCCUACGUCCUUGUGAGUUUUCUAACGCCUGACAAUUGUUUGACGGUGCGGGAAAUUUCGCUAACCCAUGGACAAGAAAAGCUCCAUCAGCGGUGCCACAGAUUUCUAUGUGAAAAUUUUGUCAAAGUCGCGGAAACAACGCAGUUUUUGGGGCUUCAUAAAAAUGAUCUGGAAAGCAUACUGUCCAACAAUGAUAUUUGUACAACUAGUGAGCAACAGGUAGUAAGGUGACUCUAAAGUGAUUAUGAAAAUGAAUGAUGAAUGAUGAGGAGAAUUUAGUUUGUAUUAUUAGCACAAUCUCAGGUUAGAUUGAUGCCACUGUAAUUUUGUCACAAAACACAUUCCCUCUUGAGAAAACGCCCUCGCACAGUAUUUUUAGGGUAAACGAAAUAUUUAUGCUUUGUGCACAACUAAACAUAGUUAAGCUAAUAUUUUCAUUUCGUUUCCUUUUUUUAUGUUUCUGUUUUUAGUCAGUUUUACAUCAGAAAUAUGAGUAAAUGCAAUUUCAUUUCUCUGGUUCUCACCAAAUUUAGCAUACUUCAAGUUGCCAGAUAAUACGUCUGUCUUUAGGUUUCAACAAAGUGAAAUUGGAUAUCCCUUCGGCUUGGCUUUGUAUAGUUUGGGGAUCAUGACCGAGUAAUUAUCUGUUGGACGUAACAAUGCAUUACUUGUUAAUAACCGUCGUUUUCGAAUGAGCCUUAAAUUUCAUAUACCGGCUCUUCUUACAUGUUGUCAACCGUACCGUCAAUCGUACCACCUUAACUCCCAAGAUCUGAAUGACGUUCUAUCUGAUAAUUUUAAUUCUCAUUUUUAGUCCUAUGGUUAAAAGAAUGAUAAACUUUUUUCCGCAAAAUUUUUUCGCCAUUAUUGAAAUACAUUUCGUCCGGCCUGCAUAUGCAUCAAUUCGUGAAAAAACAAUAGAGGACCCUCAGCUCUCUAAUGACUGGCUAUUAGGUAAACUUGUCCCGCGAAAAACCCCGUGGGGGGUUUGCUUUAAUUUCCGCGAGAACAGAAUGACGUUCGCAUAAAAAUAAAAAGAUACGGGACAUGGGGGACCUCAGCUCUAUGGACUGGAUGAUGGAAGCUCUGGAUAAUGGGCUCCUGGUUCCCCCUUCCUCCCCAUACCUCCCAAGGAGGUAUAAGUCACCAGCAAUGAUAUUCUUGCCUAAGAUUAGUAUAUUGAAAAUACAAAUCCUAAGUCGUCUCACUGAUUUCUUAUUGAUCUCUUAGGUGUUCGACAGUUUAAUAAGAUGGACUGAAUAUGACCGUAGGGAGCGAGGCGUCCAUUUUGCUAAACUACUCCAGCACGUUCGCCUUGCGCUCCUUCCUCCCAGCGUACUAAUGGACCAUGUUGAACGACAACAAUUGGUGCAGCGCUCACCAACAGCGAAAGAGAUGGUUUUGGAAGCCUUGCGAUUUAAUUCAGCACAAGAUGAGAACACCAGAAAGACCUUGAGCAGUCCGCGGACGUUGCCAAGAACUUGGUCAACAUUAGUUGACGUGAUUUUGUUUGUUGGAGGUAAAGGGCGAAAUCUAGAGGAAGGUCGAUUGACCUUCUGUUACGAGCCUAACGGUGAUCAGUGGUAUUCUUUAGCGCCCUUGAAGUAAGUAUUGGAACACAAAUAGUCCCUUCUAUUUCAUGGUGACAGAAAUGGGAAAAAAGGCAAUCCCUAAAACCGGUUGAAUGAAGGUCUGGCAUCGGUUUAUAAUCAUUUACAGAUGUCUGCAUGACUCAGGGCAAAGCACAUAGCUCCCUACCAUUACGCGUAAGAACUGCCAGAUUCUCACAAAACAACACCUCUUUAGAUGAAGUUCUUCGAAAACGUUUUUUAAAAAAAAAAUAGGCAUGCGUUGCAUGCAAGAUUUAUUUUCCUCGGCUGGUUGGGUUGAGAUGGGAUACUUUGUGUACCUAAUGUUUUCAUUUUGUAACAGAAGAAGGGUAUAACUUUCAAAAGAAUUAAAAUAUCGCAUUACUUUACCCUAGGAGAUAGAAAAAAAUACCUAGGUUAUCUGAACUUACAUAUAUAGGUAUUUUGUGGUCUACUGUCUCUAUUGUCUAAGUACUUCUAAGCAAAAUAAUAUGCAUUGAUGCCGCGCUUACCGUUGUCUCCUUCGCUGCUAUUGUUUGGUCUCGUCACACAACGCCAUCUAUUCUCCGUUGGAGAAAGACAGUGCGUUACGUGACGAGGCCAUGUAACGGUUGCGAAAGGGACUUCGCUCACUGCCUUUCCUCUAACAGAGAGAAAAUCAAAAUUAUUCGCUUAAGAAAUAUAAUUUCACUUACUUUUUUUACGAAAAGCAAACUGAAACUCUGUUGUAUCUCCAAUAUACCCAGACCAAAGAUGUAUUGCGAUCGCGAAUAAGUAAAGAUACAUUGAACAAGAGAAAAGGGAUAAUAUUUCAAAGAGGGCCCCUUGAGUGGUUGUUACCUAUCUGGACUUUGCCCUCUGUGUAUGAAAUACGUAACAAAAUGCAGGUUGUUUACCAGGAAUUAACACGCAAUUGGGUUAAGUCCAAGGUAGCUAAAAGCGAAUUUCAUUCGUAGAAAAAGUAAAAACGCGAGAGAAUUGCGUGGGAAAUUUACUAUCAGUAGCAUUUAGUUGCAUGUGAAUCUUUUUCAGUAGGGUUGGACAUUGCGGUUGGAAUAUAUGAUUAAACGCAGGUUGUGUACAAAGAAAUGACACUUAAUGGGGCCAAGGCUAAUGUGACAAAAUGGAAUUUGAUUAGUGGAAUACAAUUUACGCACGUGAAAGAUUGCCUAAUGGUCAUGUGAUUGGCGAUAUGAUUGAUUGAUACGUACCCUAAUGCGGCAAUUUGAUUGGUGCAAGAUACAUACUCUAGUGCAGUGAUCUGAUUGGCGCAAGAUAUAUAUCCAAAUGCGGCGAUCUAUAUGGUGCGAACAACAUACCACUCUACACGCUAACAUAGAGUUUUUUUUAUCUUUCAUAAAAAAAAAUAAUAACUCAAAGUGUUCCAAUUUAAAUGGUAAUCGGGUCUCCCGGCAGGAGACGCGUUGACGUACUGAUUUGCGAGCCAAAUUCGGGGUCGAGAGGUCUGGUUUCGACACUUAACAGAGCCAUUUUGUUGUACUCUUUGAUGGUCAGUUGACUCUCGCAGUAUUAUUAAUGGUUUUAGCGCAGUCGUGGUACGUCACGUGGACCAUUUCAAAGCAUAGUAAAGAUCAACUUUAGAAUAAACAGUGAUUUAAGUUGGGAUUGUCAGCUAGGUAUAUCACACCUGAAAGUCAACAGUACACUGAUUUCCCAUGUACAUCAUGAAAACUGAGUUUAUGGGAUAGAGUUUCAUUGUAGCUGAUGUCAGUUUGCCCUUUUUGUCUCUUCUGGGCAUUGGUUAAAAGUACUUUUUCUCAAAGCUCCGAAAAGUUGUGUUUGUCUGACAAAAUAGAUAAUAUUGUAGGUUGACUGAUGUAGCAGAUGAGUUCCUCGAUUAAACGUUGUUUGCUUUCCAUGUAUCACACAGCUAACACAUGAUAAACACCUCCUUCUUAUUCCAGAACUCAACUGUUCGAUCAUUCAGUGGUCUCUGUUGAUGGGUUCGUAUACGCAUGCGCCGGGUCUAUAGAAGGUCAGGCCUCCCUGCUUCUUCAAGAUAUGGUGCAAUGCUAUGAUCCGCACCACAAUUACUGGGACUAUGUGAACCCAAUGCAAGAACCAAGGGCAAAGUCUGCUGCAACGGGACAUGACGGAUUGCUCUAUGUCUUAGGUGAGAAUGAAAUACAAACAAAUUAUUGCAAAAUUCUGAAACAGUAUCCAAAUUAUGGUGUUCUAUGGGGACAAUCGCUACUUUUUUGACGUUUCUGAUGCAGGUGGAAUUAUAAAUGGUUCCCAUGGCAACUCGUUUGAGGUCUACAACCCUAUCAACGACAAAUGGCAAUUUCUUUCCCCCCCCACAGUCCCACGAAGUCGUCACGCAAUGGUUAAUACAGAAACGCAUAUUUACGUAAUCGGUGGUGAAGGACAAGGAAUUGAGCCCGAGAUCAGCAUGGAGCGAUACGAUCCAGCGGUUAACCUCUGGAGUUUUGUGCUACCGCUGAAUUGUGGGAAAGUAGGGGCAUGUGCUGUGGAAGUUGAAGGGAAAAUUUACGUCAUGGGUGGUCAUAACGGAUACACAACGCUCCGACAGUGUGAAGUGUAUGAUAUACAGACGCAUCAGUGGAACAUGGUUAAAGGUGAGCUUUAAUUAGCCACAGGUAUAUACACCUAAGUGAUUAGCCUACGAUUUGCCUAGAUUUUCAUCCUUUUAUUACCAAUAAACGCCAAAAAAUGACAAAAUUUAACCUCAUUGAGCUCAAAGCUCAUUUUACAUUCUACACCGUUUUGCUCUCUCAGAUGAUAAUAACAUUUUCUCUUUUAGACAUGACCGAGUUUCGCCAAGAUGCCGAGGCUGUUAUUUUGAAUAGGAAGAUCUACGUUGUUGGUGGACGAGACUACAGAGGGGAACGGGAACUAUAUUCCAUAGAGUGCUUCGACAUAUCUACGGGAGAAUGGACUCGAUUGACGUCAGUUCCGAUUGCAAGAGUAGGCUUCCGAUGCGUGACGUGUAGAGUGAGUCGAGAUCACCUCGCUCAAUUAAAACUCGAGUAA